CCAUACUCCAAUUGGCUGUGCUGCAUUUCCAAUUGUUAUUAAAUCAUCAUCAAGAAUAGGGAAGCCGACAGACAACAAAUCAUGGUACAAACGAAGAAGUUUCGUGGUGUCAGACAACGCCAUUGGGGCUCUUGGGUGUCAGAGAUUCGCCACCCGCUUCUGAAGCGGAGGGUGUGGCUGGGGACGUUCGAGACGGCGGAGGAGGCGGCGAGGGCUUACGACGAGGCGGCGAUUCUGAUGAGCGGCCGCAACGCGAAGACCAAUUUUCCCGUUCCGGCCGCUCAUCAAGACGGCGCGGCGGGAAACGAGAUUUCCGCGGCCGCGCCGUCUAAUUUUCCGAGCAGCUCGCGCUCGGCUUCCCUGUCGUCGAUCCUGAGCGCGAAGCUUCGGAAAUGCUGCAAAUCGCCGUCGCCGUCGCUGACGUGCCUGAGGCUCGACACGGAGAAUUCCCACAUUGGGGUUUGGCAGAAGCGGGCCGGGUCGAACUCGAGCUGGGUCAUGACGGUGGAGCUCGGGAAGAAGAGCACCGCCGAUUUGCAAGAUCCGGCGGCGGAGGAGGGGGGGAAGGCGGCGGAUGGGAUUAAUGAGGAGGAGAGGAUGGCGUUGCAGAUGAUUGAGGAGCUUCUCAACAGGAAUUGAUUCAUCAAACAGUAUGCAUGCAGAUUCAUUCCAAAUUCGUAUGGAUCUUUUUAUUGAUUUUUAUUGUGAUUUUGUGAUUUUACACUAUAAAUAUUUCAACAAUAUAAUUGGUGUGGGAAUUUGGUGAUUGGUAAGGAAAAAAAGGCCCAAUUUGCUUUGAUUUGUGAAGGUGGGAUAUAAUAUACUACUACUACUACUACUACUAUAUAUGUUAUGUAGAUUGAUUCCAUUGGGUGUUUUUAGUUAGGCUUGAGAUAUAGUAUAAUUAACGUCUUGUCUUGUCUAUAUGAAAUUGUGUUUCUGAUUUGUACACAUUUGAUAUUGAUAAUAUUAUUAUUUGAGCUA